GAAGGCGGAACGUGAUGACGUCACCUGUGAAGCUCUGAGGUGUUUAUUGUUCACCGUCGAGGAGAAAAAACAGCGCAGUAAAAAGGGAGUAAAAAAGUGCCGUGUGCUCCUGAAUAAACCCUGUAAGUGUCGGCCAGAGGGAGCGAGCACCGGGUCCGGCUACAGCUUCAUAUCGUGUCUUUGGUUCGGGAGCCAUUUUACAGCCCAGCGGCCGGAGACAGCGGCUUGGACAUGGCGUACGCUUAUCUGUUCAAAUACAUCAUUAUCGGGGAUACAGGUGUGGGGAAAUCCUGCCUCUUAUUACAGUUCACAGAUAAACGCUUCCAGCCCGUGCACGACCUCACCAUCGGUGUAGAAUUCGGAGCACGGAUGAUCACCAUAGAUGGCAAACAGAUAAAGCUUCAAAUCUGGGACACGGCCGGCCAGGAGUCAUUCCGAUCCAUCACCAGGUCUUACUACAGAGGAGCCGCAGGAGCUCUACUCGUCUAUGACAUCACAAGAAGGGACACCUUUAAUCACCUGACCACCUGGUUAGAAGACGCCCGUCAACAUUCCAACUCCAACAUGGUCAUCAUGCUAAUUGGGAAUAAGAGUGACCUGGAGUCAAGGAGAGAGGUGAAGAAGGAGGAGGGUGAAGCCUUCGCUAGGGAACACGGCCUCAUCUUCAUGGAGACUUCAGCCAAGACUGCAUCCAAUGUAGAAGAGGCGUUUAUCAACACAGCGAAGGAGAUUUAUGAGAAGAUCCAGGAGGGUGUGUUCGACAUCAACAACGAGGCGAACGGGAUUAAAAUCGGGCCGCAGCACGCUGCCACUAACUCCACGCUCUCUGGGGGACAGGGAGGACAGCAGGCCGGGGGAGGCUGCUGCUGAAGUACCACUUCUACCCCUUUAUUCUACCCGUUACUUCCCUUGCUCUCCCUUCAUCCCUUCCUCUUGUUUCUACUGGACUGGUCGCUCUCACUAACGUAUUCUUAACCCUCAAAUCGUGUACUAGAUGGCUGUAAACAAAUAAAUUAAAAAAGUCCUACUCCUGUAGCAGAAGUCCAGAUGGUGAAGUGCUUUGGAGCUGAUGGAGCUCUCUUUGCUCAGCUACAGCAGGUUCCUGAUCGUACGGUUAUCUAGGCCCCUGAGCCACUGACCCCUUGCUGGUGAAUAUUAUCUUCAUGUUUGUGGAUUUCAGUUUGCUUUGUGCCCCUUUUUUUUUUGACUUUGAGCUGAAUUGUAUUAAACACUACAAAGUCAUCUCUAGUAUUUUAAUUGGUGUGUGUGGGUGGAGUCUGUGAUCAUGAUUCACUUUGGAGUCCAGACAGGAUUUACUGAGCGACCACUGGGUUCUGGGCUAAAAAAAGGGGCGGGGCUUAGCCUGGACUGAAUUGGGUUCUGAAACAUUAAGGUAUGACAUCACAAUGGAAUAGUUUAGCUAAAGUCAACAAGCUUCCUAAUGUGACUGCUGAAGGGAAAAAGGUGAUGUGAUGAUCAGGUUUGUGAUUGGCUGAUUAUUUUUAACACAAAACUCCACCUCUUAUAACACCAGGAUUUGUGUGUGUGUGUGUCUGUGUGUUCAAGCUGUGAUGAAAUGAGCAGCUGAUAUUAAAAUGAAGAUGAACAGCAGGAUGUUUUAAUGUGUAUUUAUCAGGACUCUGUGUAUAUAUAACGCUCAUUUCUUUGCUUUGAUGUUAGUUGAUUUUGCCCUUCUUCUGACCGACGCUGUGUGAGUAGAGCUUGACAAUGCGACAGUAUUUGGAGCUGUUUUAACUCUGACCGCCUGGUUACUUUGACUUCCUGCCUUCUCUUUCUCUCUGUCGUAUAUAGAUACGUACUUCAUAUAGAUUUAUUAUAUCGUGUAUCUGUUUUAAUGCCAAAUUUGUGUUUACCCGUGAACACGCUGUUCGCCUUAAACCGAUAUCAGAGCAGCGUUUAUACAUAAUCAGAUCACAUUACAGACGAUAUGACGGAGGCUAAGCGUGUACGCACACCUACUCUAAUCUUCUACACUCAGUUUUAUAGAAAUAUAAAUAUAUAAUGUCCCUGUAGCAUCAGUCCAGCCCCGUCUCCUUCAUGUGUACGGUUCACUCUCUCUGCAGCCGCCGUGUCCUCCUCCGCUACACUCUCUUGCUCUGUCUCUGUCUCUCCGGGUGAAUAUCCUGUCCAUGGUGAAAGGGCGUGUGCUGAAAAGCCAAACUGAAAUAACGUUGUGAUCCUCCACUAUUAUUUGCUGUGUUCUCCAAAUAAAAUGCUAUCACAAUAAAACAUGACUAAAACUCCUCA